UGCAGCCCGGCGCAUUGACAACGAGCCCAUGAUCGAUUUAUGAGUGGCAUUGGUACCGACUUCACUUCCUCCCGUUUCUGUCUUGUCGCCAACGAGCCUCUCCUACCGUCGUUACUUUUUCCAACAUGACUACUCUUGUUCGUCCGAACCGCCCUCCAGCAUGAAGCCUGAUGUCCCUCCCUCGUACGAGAGCGCCAUCAGUCGCGAAGCAUGGCCGAUAAUCGCGCCCUACAUCCCCUCGAGUGACCUCUGUUCGGCGUGUCUUGUAUCGCGGAAAUGGUACUCGAUAUUUGUUCCCUUCCUCUGGGGCGAUCCCGCUUCCCACUUUGGCAUUGCCAACGACGCCGUCUACGUCGCGCUCACCCGCUUCAAGAGGAUCCUCCGCAAGGCGAGGCCGAGCGUGAGAAGCCUGACGCAUACUUUGCACCUACCGCCUGCGCUCAGUGAAAUAUACGGCGGUCCCAACCCGACGUGGUUGCGCGAUGUCCUCGAAUAUCUACCCAAUUUACAAAGUCUGGUCGUCACGAAACUACCCUUUUUCGAUCACCAUAGUCUCAAUGCGUUGAGACUUACAAGCAGCGGGAGGACACGGCCCUCGGGAGAAGACGACGAAUUGCCUACAUAUGGGUUGAAGCUACUGCUGGCUUCGAGUGAGCCGAACACCACAUCAAGCGCUCUGGCGGGCGCGUUGCCCAGAUUCCCAAGUCUAGUCUAUCUCGACCUUUCGUACACGUCACCCGCGAGAGAUGCGGCCGUUCUGGCGGCGCUGCUAUGGCUGCCAGAUCUGCAGGUCCUGAAAUUGAGGGGCGUCGGCCUGAAGGACGGAGAGGCCGAGGUGCUGGCCAAUGCCAUCGGCAUCAAGGUCCGCCUGCUGGAUAUCAGGGACAACCUGUUGACCGAUAUGGCUGUUCGUUCCCUAAUGCAGGCUUGCUUUCUUCCAUCCGACGCCUCAACCCGUGGCAAUCUAAAUCUGGAAGAUUGGCCUGUUGGCAUGGCCCCAGGCCCGGACUUCUUCAGUCUGGACACCUUACGCAGUGAAGAACUCGACCAUGAAUUACUGAAGCAACUGACCAAGCCUCUCACAGGGAGGUUAGCGUUUGAAGAUAUUCCCCACAGAGGUCUUACUCAUCUAUAUAUUUCGGGUAAUCGCCUGUCUGUCGAGGGCCUCUCCAGUCUGCUCAAGUCGGAACGACUACACAUACUCGAUGGUGGUUCUGUCGAUACCGUCAAAACCAUUGCAAGGACACAAUCACUCUCUUCGCCUACAGGUUACAUCGACGAGGUUCGAUUUCCGGGAGCCGAGAAGCUUAUACCUGUGCUGGCGAAAUCGGCGAGCAAAAACCUCACAUAUCUUCGUGUCGACCACGCCUUGGUCACUGCAAAACUAGAGGGUAGUCAUGGUUCCAUUAAACAUAAAGCGGCCUCAGCUGCCUCGGCCGAAUCUGUCAAGUCUCAAUCAGUGGCUGCUGAAUUGUCGUCAGAGGAAAGGCACAUCGUCGAAGCUCCAGCGCCAGCUCACUAUGCCGUGGAGUUGCCUGACAACGGACCAAUUUUCGAAUUGGACGCUACACCAGCACAGCCGAGACAAGAGCUGAUAGGUGACGUGAUGUAUUUUGCCUUGAGCCCUCCAGUCGGCGAGAAACCACAUGAGUCCAGCCCAGUCGAGGAGAAGCAAAGUCCCAUCAGAGGCGAAGGCCCUUUCGCGCCAGAAGUGGUCAACGACAAAGAUCUACACAACAACGAAGCCGAAGACCAUGGGAAUACGACAGAGUCCGAAAUCUCUGACGAGACUGGGACGCACAGUACGACCAGGUCUCUCUUUUCGCCUGUUUCUCCCAUCAGCAACCAUGGUACUUUUCAACCCUUGGUGGCUCCGUCGGCAAAAACAAAGCACAUGCCUACUCAUCUUCCUCUCAUAAAAGAGCCAUCUGAAACUACACCUGAAUCCCCAGCCGUCCAGCCAGAUGCGACCUUGUCUCCUCUACCAACCCCGACAUCUCAUCGUCAAGCUCAGAUUGAAACUCUUUUGGCAAAGAGACCCAUGCAACCGUCCAAGCCUCAACUAGGAUCGCAGGUGAACCAAAUGGUCUUCUCAAACCUGCGCAGUCUUCAUCCGUCUCUGCUUCCGAAUUUACGAACACUAAUACUGACUGAUGUGCCUACCACUACCUCGAAAUCCUCGGGUGUUUUAGAGAACCUGAAGUCGUUCAUUGCCGCUUGCGCCGAUGAGUCUGCCCUGUCCCGUCUCCUCGCCCGUACCGAUUACUCUCUUCCGCCUGGCCGAGCGCGACACAUGGCCGAGCUCGAACAAGCACGUGCCCUUUUUGCCUUGCGUACAAUCAUCCUAGAGAUGGAGCAACCGGCGGUCAAGACUGUUGACGCCCAACGCGGCUGGCAACAUUCUCGUCAGGACAUCACCAUGAGUAAGUCGUCCACAGGUGACAUGGAUAGUGAGAACUUAUGGUCCGCCGCGGCCAAUGAUUUCAGCUUCUUCGGGGAGGAGGGAGAAGAACAUGACGAGUGUGGCAUUUAUGAGCAUGAUCCAGAAAAAUAUUUCCCAACCGCGCAUUUUGAUGAUAAAAUCGUCUUGACUUCAGGUGAUGGACACGAUGACAGUGGAUCGAAUAGUCCACAUGGCAGUGUCAAUCAGGGCUGGGGGGCCGGAACUGGGACCCUAUCACCUUUCUCGAUGAAUCUUGGUGGACGAUCGGCGGGAACGAUAAGAAGCCCAAGAAAUUUGCCUCUGGGGAGGAAUAGGCGAAGUUCAAACGAGCCUCAUUCUCGACCACACAGCGGUGCCGGUAGUGGGACAUGGGACCCUCGCGAGCUACUGUCAGAGGUGCAAGGGGGACCUGUUUCGCCAAAGUUUUUGAAUGGACACAUUCAAUCUGCACAACGUCGGAUGGCUCCGCCACCAACAUCCCAUCCCAAACAAGUGGAGCCGGACAAUGAGUCGGAAGAAGAGCAAGUGGAUGUUGUUGCGGAACUGGCUGCAUGGAGAAGGGAGCGAAAGAAGGCGUAUGAGGAGGAGUUGUCCAGGUAUAGGUCGUCAAGGGCCGGCGGACACAGUCGAGGACCCAGUCAAAAUGGGCAGAGUUACGGCAAUGGAAUAGCCAACAACAACACUGGAUCGGAUUCGAUGGAUGUACCACGAGGUUAUGGCUAUGGCUUCGAUCCGGGAGCCAUUAAUGCCGCGACCGGAGCAAACAAGUCAUCACCGAUGUCGAAUGGGUCGACCACUCCCAAGCCUACGACUCAUGGCGACCUUAAUGACAUUGACAUGAAGUUUGUAGAGGGUCAUUGGAAAGGCGAGAUCAAGGUGAUUCGAAAUCCGACCCCCAAAGGGAGAACGGGGGUCGUGGACAUGUAUGGGAACUAUUUUGAAAAGGGCUAUUUGUAUCCCUGACGACGUCGACCGACCAGAUGUUUGGGAAAUCUACCUACCCAAGAUACCUACCUUGAAGAGAAAGGAGAAGCAAGCAGCUAUAAUACCCCCCAUAUACAGAUUGUUGAUUUUAUGUCAAAUGACCAUGUUGGACCUACAGGGAGAAUGAAUUGUAUACCCUAUAUAUGAUGAUUACUUUACACUGGUAGCUCCGUUGUCUGAUCAAGGCAGGAACAGGUUGCGUCAAGAGUAUCAUGUAAGGAGAGGCCUUCGACAUCCCCGCUCAUAUGAU